CAGUAUCGUUUAGGUUUGGCUUAGGUUGCCAAUCGCAGUGCAGUUAACUGCAGUGCCAACCAAUUCAGUGAUACUGUACCUACUCUACAAUGGAAAACUUAGAAAAUAAUGCUUGGGUAUUCGAUUCCCUUGUUGGAUUCUUACAUGGUCCAGUAUGGAAUAUACCAUUGCAAACAUUUAUUGAAGAGAAAUCUUUGCCCUUCGAGCCGUCUGAAAACGGAGAUGUUCUAGACCGGCCAGAAUAUAAAAAGAUACAUAACGAGUAUCGUAACUUGGUAGACGUAAUGCUGGGUUCCUUCAUGGAAGACAUUGGCAUAACAGCUGAUCAGUUCGAAGCAGCAUGCCGUUUGUCCGCUACCGACCUCGCAGGUCUACCUGCUUACUUUCACAAACGACUGUUUGAACAAAUCUGGGCUGCUAACGAUUAUGACAUGUUCGUCAAAAUGAUGACCCAUAAAAAUGUCGAGCUGCAGUUACAGGCAUUAGAGCUGAUUGAAAAGCGUUUUGGAACAAUGCCUAAUCUUUUUACUGCUGAUCCUGAGGAUUUGGAUUCCUCGCAAAGUGACGGUAGUCCCGGUUGGCCGGACAACGAUGACGUCAUGACGGAGAUCAAGAAAUUGCAGUAUGACGAUUUCCCUGUAAAGGACGAAAGCCCAGUUGCCCCAGAGGAAGUUGUAGCUGAAAAACAAACAUUGCUGUCCAAAUUGCAGCACAUCGAGAUGAAUGAAGAGAAAAUAGAAACCAAACUAGACAGUCUGAAUCUAAAAGAUGAACCAGUCGUGGUAUACCCUAAGAAAGUGGAGGUGAGUGCAGAGGAAAUUCAAGCUCGCCAGGAAUAUUUAAAGCAGCAACGUGACAAACUUCUUGCACUUAAGAAACAAGUCAGAGAGAAGAGGCUAGAUGCAGCUCAAAAUGACACAGAAGUAGGAGGAGGAGAAGGUUCUCGUCAAUACGCACCAAGACCGAAAUCGGCACGAACAGCUCAAGCGGCACUCGCUGGAACCGCUCCUCCACCACCGCCGGAUGCAAUGCAGCUGAGGAGGGCACUGGCUUCCAAACUGAAGACUGAGGUUGUCGAUAUUAAGCAAUAA